UCGCUGCCUCCCGCAGCUGCUGCCUCCGCUGCUGCCUCCUCCUUCCCCACCUCCUCCGUCAGGGGAGCGUCUGCGGGGGCCUGAGGGGCGGCGGCGGCGGCGGCGGCGAUAUGGAGCCGGGGGCCGGCGGCCGAAGCGCUGCUCGCGGGCAGGGGGCCGGACCCCCGAGCACUCCGCCGCCCCCGGAGCAGGAGCGGAAGCUGGAGCAGGAGAAGCUCUCCGGGGUGGUGAAGAGCGUCCACCGGCGGCUCCGCAAGAAGUACCGAGAAGUGGGCGACUUUGAUAAGAUCUGGCGAGAACACUGUGAGGAUGAGGAAACGCUUUGUGAAUAUGCUGUUGCAAUGAAAAAUUUGGCAGAUAAUCAUUGGGCAAAAACUUGUGAGGGUGAAGGUCGUAUUGAAUGGUGUUGUAGUGUAUGCAGAGAAUAUUUCCAAAAUGGUGGGAAGAGAAAAGCACUUGAGAAAGAUGAAAAAAGAGCUGUACUUGCUACUAAGACCACUCCAGCCUUAAACAUGCAUGAGUCUUCUAAACUUGAAGGUCAUUUAACGAACCUCAACUUUACAAAUCCUGAAUUUAUAACUGAGUUGCUACAAGCCUCAGGAAAGAUCAGAUUACUUGAUGUUGGCAGCUGCUUUAACCCAUUUUUGAAGUUUGAAGAAUUUCUGACUGUUGGCAUAGACAUUGUACCUGCUGUAGAGGUAUGAAUAGUUUUGUUUUAGACUUGAAUAUUUUA